UCAGAUGACUCAGAUUCCAGAAACUUCUGAAGGCAGGGUAAGGGCAGUUCAUUGUGGACUUGCAUCAGUUAUCCCCCUUCAACUGAUGGCCCUAAUGUCCCCACUGGAUCUAGAAAUCAGAUCCUGUGGAUUACCAGUGGUGGAUCUUGACUUUUUGAAGGCUCACACCAUGUACCAGUUUGGUCUGAUGGAGACUGAUCAAAACAUCCAGUAUUUCUGGAACACGUACUCUGAGUGGACUUAGUCAGGAGAACCUAGGAAAAUUUAUCAAAUUCGCCUGUAACCAGGAGAGGAUACCCCAGACCUGUCCCUGCAGGGAUGGGGGUGCUGACUCCAUGCAUGUCCCUCCCUAUCCCAUGAAGAUAGCCCCUCCCUAUCCCAUGAAGAUAGC